ACGCGUCGAGAGCGAUGACGUAAAACUCCUGCGACUCCGGUGUCGUGAGUCGCACGAAAACAAGUGGGCCGAGUGGGCAAUACUCAGUAGCCCAGAUAACAAACGUUGCGUUUUAAAACCAGCAACACCGUGUGAAAAUGACCGUGUGCAAUUUUUUUCUUCAGGGCCGCUGUCGUUACGGCGACAAAUGUUGGAAUGAGCACCCGACCGGAGGAAACAGAGGAGGAGGUGGAGGAUACAACAACAACAACAACACCACCACCCGCUCUUCUGCUCAGCACCGAGGAGGAGGUGGAGGGUUUGGAAACCGAGUUUGGGUGAAUCCUUCCCAGCAAAAAGGAGGCUACAUCCAGCCUUCAUCUUUCUCCUCUCAUGGAACUGAGGAAUGGGGCCGAGGAGGAGGCGGAGGUGGAGGAGCUGACUGGGGUAGAGGAGGGGGAAGCGGUGGAGCUGACUGGGGCCGAGGAGGAGGAGGCGGCGGGGGAGGAGGGAAUGAAUGGGGCCGGGGAGGGGGAGGGAAUGACUGGGGCCGAGGGGGAGGAAAUGACUGGGGCCGAGGAAGUGGUGGAGGGAGAAGAGAUAACAUGAAGAGCUCCGAAUUCGCCUACUCUUCUCAAAACAAAUUUGCAGCCCUUGGUACUUCCGAUACCUUCGACAGGGGAGGAAGAGGAGGAGCACAACAGGUGCCGGCUGGUGAGGAAGAUGACGACAAAAAACUGGAGAUCAUUCAGAUGGACAUGGAUAUUUGGGAGAGUUCAGGGCAGUGGGGCUUCUCGUGUUAUUCUAGCUUCAAGACACCUUUAUCUGGUUUCACUGAUCUCUCCCCAGAAGAGCUCAGGCUGGAGUAUUACUCUACAAGAGCUUCAGGAGAUCUGCAGAGCUAUGUCAAUGGUAUCAAUCAGUUACUCAACCAGUGGAGAAGCAGAGUCCAGGAACUGAAGGUUAUGAAUCCAACCACCCGCGCAGCUUUGCUUGCAGAGAUAAACUGCCCAGCACCUCAGGCAUCUUCAAGUGGCUUUGGUUCUGCAACAGCGACUGGAUUUGGAUCCUCUACAUCCAGCUUGGAAAGCAAAGGCUUUGGGGCUCCAGCACCGACCCAGGCCAACACUUUCAGCUUUGCUGCUCCAAGUGGUGGAUUUGGUUCCUCAGUGGCACCAUCCUCCUCAACAGGUUUUGGCAGUGCCUUAGCAGCUCCAACACAACCGCCCUCUGGGUUUGGUUCCUCCACUGCCGCCUCCUCUGCUCUUUCUGCUUCUUCUUUCUCCUUUGCUGCUCCGACUGCCGACAAGCCAGCGGCCACAUCAGGAUUUGGCUCUGCCUCAGGGUUCUCCGGCGGGGGAUUCGGGAGCGGUUUCGGUGCGGAAGCAUCUGCUGCAGCAGGAGGUGGCAGUAGUUUUGGACAGGCGAGUGGAGGGUUUGGGACGACCCCUGCUCCACCCGCAGUUGGAGCCGGGUCUGCCAGUCAGGCAUUGGACAGUCUUUUUUCACAUGAGAGCAAUAUGACUCCAGAGGAGCUUAAUCAGUUCAAGGCUAAGAGGUUCACUCUCGGCCAGAUUCCUUUAAAGCCUCCCCCAGCUAACAUGCUAGUGGUGUGAUCCUAAAUUGUCUGAAAUUCACACGAUUUUUAAAAUAAAGAGAUAAUUUAUACAAAGUUUUUUUUUUUUCUUCGGCAUAGUGCUUCUGUUUAAACCAACGUUAUAUAAUGUUUAAGAUGUGGCUAAUGUUUAAAUACUAGAUCAGUUCUGACAGGGAAAACUCGCUAUGGUUCCAUUUAAUACUUUUGUGUGAAUGCACGGCAUGCUUUAUGUACAGCUGCUGUACAAUAAACUACAUAUUUUUAGAUGUCUUUUGUCAUAUAAAGUGCUAUUUUUGAAUGUCUUGUUCUAAAUCUAUUUGUACAUUUUACCUUCCCAUUUGUUGAGAUGCUGACAGUAAACUGAUCAGUUGAUGAGCAAAGUUUCUGAAGGUUUAUUUGCAUGAUGGUUUGAACGUGAUCUACAGUAUAUUACAAAACAAAUGUGCCUUGAACUUGGUUAGACACUUUCAUCUACUCAAAAGUCCUGCAACAAUUCAGACAUAUUGUCCUCUUACCUAGAAAUGUAUUUCACUUAAUGCUUAACCGUAGAAUAAAAGGGUCCUCUGGUAA